GGUACAACAUAAUGAUGGCGUGAAUCGGGAUGUACCACCUCCUACUGCACAGAACCCCUAUUCCCAUUAUUCCUGAGAGUCGCCCACCGCACAAAUCUAGUUUGUCGAGAGUUGGUAUGAAUCAGCUCAACUGCGUCCAAAUGGACGGCGGUGGAGUGGACUCCGACGGCCGCCAAUUCAAGAGCGCGGAGGAGAUGUGGCGGGAAGCGGUGGGGGACGGCGACCCCCUCAAGAAAUCGCAGUGGUAUUCGCAGGGCGUCGGCUAUUGGCAGGGUGUGGAGGCGACGGUGGAUGGAGUGCUGGGAGGGUAUGGGCAUGUGAAUAAACCUGAUAUAGAAGGUAGUGAGGCAUUCUUGAACUUGAUUUUGGCUGAAAGAUUUCCUGAUGCUGGCAGUGGAAGACGUCUUAAUACUCUUGAUUGUGGCUCCGGGAUUGGAAGGGUCACCAAGAAUCUUCUUAUAAGAUAUUUUAAUGAGGUUGACCUUCUCGAGCCUGUUUCUCAUUUUCUAGAUACUGCUCGGGAAAAUUUGUCCCCAGAAAACUUGAUGGUCACAGAGGAUCAUAAGGCUGUCAACUUCUUCUGUGUUCCUCUUCAGGAAUUUACUCCUGAGGCAGCAAGGUAUGACAUUAUAUGGAUCCAAUGGUGUAUUGGGCAUCUUUCAGAUGAUGACCUUAUGUCAUUCUUCGAUAGAGCCAAGGGUGGUCUCAGACCUGGUGGGCUGUUUAUUUUGAAGGAGAAUAUUGCAAGAAAUGGUUUCGUGUUGGAUAAUCAAGACAAGAGCAUUACGAGAUCCGACUUGUACUUCAAGCAGCUCUUCAAACAAUGUGGUCUACACAUUCUCAAGAUGAAGGAUCAAAAAGGAUUCCCCAAUGAAUUAUUUGCUGUAAAGAUGUAUGCAUUAACGACUGAUCUGCCGAAGAAAACUAAGACUUCGAAAUCAAAAAGACAAGUCAACAGACCUGGCAUCAUCAGAUAAGAGUGAAGGGAUGAAGAUACCAUUUCUCAAGAGUUUUUACCAGAUAUUAAUAUUUAAAACUCCAUUAAUUCUGUGUGCUUCGUUCACUCAUAUCGUCCACAUUUCCAGUUCACAAUAUUCAGUUUUGGAGAAGCUCCAAGAAAAUUGGGAAAUCUUUGUUCAAA